AUGUUCGCAAUGUUCGCAGAACGGAACUUAUUGCUGACGCUCCUUAUUGCCUUUUUUUGCUGUCAAAGCUAUGCAGAUGACAGUCUCAAAAGAAUUGCGAUUAUUGGAGCCGGAGCCGCUGGAAGUUCUACCGCUUACUACUUGGAGAGAUUUGCCCAGCAGUCCAACAUGGAGCUCAACAUAACCGUAUUUGAGCGUAAUUCCUAUGUAGGAGGUCGCACAACUACCGUGAACGCCUACGGUAACUCACUAGAGUCUGUUGAAGUUGGAGCAAGCAUUUUCGUCGAUAUCAACACGAUCUUGAUGAAUGCUACUGCUUUGUUCGGUUUAACUCAACGUGGUGAUGCUAAUUUUCAAGAAUCGGUUGGAAUCUGGAAUGGGAAUUCAUUCGUCUACACUCAAAACACUGGCAUGCAAUUCUGGGACGUGGCAAAACUCUUCUGGAAAUAUGGACUAGACCCAAUGCGAAUUGAUCGUCUGGUGCAGAGCGUAGUUGGUCGAUUUAAGAAGCUGUACGAAGGUCCGUUCUUCCCAUUUCGAUCGCUCUCUGAUAGAGCUCGUGAACUUGAUCUGGCAUCCGUUAGCUCUCAAACUGGGGCGCAGCUGAUUGCUGCAAAUGGCAUUAGAGCCUCUUUCUCAACCGAAAUUGUCCAGGCCUCUACUCGAAUCAACUAUGGCCAAAAUGUCGCGUCAAUUCAUGGACUUGAGACCAUCGUCUCUAUGGUUACUGGUACUACGUAUCAAAUUCAGGGCGGUAAUUGGCGGAUCUUUGACAGAAUGUUGCAAACUUUGAACGCUACCACACUUCUCGAUACCACAAUCAGUUCCAUCUCCAAGUCUGACGGCAAAUACAACGUCAAGAUCGUCUCCAAGGACUCGAUCACCCAGGAACUGUUGGAAAAAGAAGAGCCGUUCGAUACAGUCGUUCUUGCGGGUCCCUUCCAGUACGCCGACAUCGAAUUUGAGAGAGAUCUCCUAAACCGAGUACCUGACGAAAUACCUUAUGUGACCCUCCAUGUAACUCUCUUCACAAGCAAAAGAACCAUGAGCCCUUCGUUCUUCAAGCUAGCUCCUGGGGAAUCAGUCCCCACCACGAUUCUGACCACUCUCCCGCCUGGCGAAGUACCAGACCCUACAAAGAGUGCCGGAUCUCCAGGAUUCUUCACUAUCACCACGCUUAACCGAGUAGUCAAUCCCAGCACAUUAGACGAAGAGUAUUUAUACAAGGUCUUCUCGCGCGAGGAGUUAGACAGCAGUUUUCUGUCAAGGCUUCUCGGUACAGAUCUUCCCAAUGAUCUCAGCACUGUAAAAGCUGACAGUGGUGAUGCGAUCACGUGGUACUACCACAAAGUCUGGCAAGCCUACCCUUACGGGUCCCCCCGCAGCACAUUUGAAGAACUCGAGCUCGCACGAGAUUUCUAUUACACUGGCGGUAUGGAGAGCUUCAUCAGCACCAUGGAAACAAACGCUCUGAUGGGAAUGAAUGUUGCCAAGCUUAUCGUUGAUGAUUAUCGGCGAUUGUCGGAGGAGCAGGCAAGUAGAAGUGGGCAAGCUGUUAUUACGGAUAUGGAAUUGGAUUAA